ACUCAGUCUUGGGCCACAGGUCGCCGCCGCCGGUCUCGAGCCCGGGUCAGCUGCCGGAGAGAGAGAGAGAGAGAGAGAGAGAGAGAGAGAGAGAGAGAGAGAGAGAGAGAGAGAGAGAGAGAGAGAGAGAGAGAGAGUCAACGCCAAGAUGCUGCCUUUGUACAAACCACUGCUUGCAAUUGCGCUGGUGACCCUUGCAAGUUGCAGCGAGAGUGAACCCACGACGCCUGCAACGAACGUCAAGAGUGUGAGCAAGAGGAACUUUGACUUUGGCUCCGGCGCCGGGCAUGGAUUUGGCCCUUGCACCGGCCUCACUCACGGGUACGGCCCGGUGCACUGCCAUGGAAUCCAGCAUGGCAUGGGCCUUGGGUAUGGCCUCGGUCAGGGGCUUAGCUAUGGUCUUGGUCACAGUUAUGGCUUGAAUACAGGGGUUAUGAGUCCGAGUUUGCCGCAUGGAUAUGGAAUGGGACAAGGGCAUGGCAUGACUCAUGGGUAUGGGUACGGCACAGGUCACGGCUAUGGUACAGGUCACGGCUUCCCAGGCCUUGGGUAUGGCACAGGUCACAGCUACCCAGGUCUUGGGUAUGGCACAGGUCACGGCUACCCAGGUCUUGGGUAUGGCACAGGUCACGGCUUCACAGGUCUUGGGUACGGCACAGGUCACGGCUUCCCAGGCCUUGGGUAUGGCACAGGUCACGGCUAUCACACAAGUCUCAGCUAUCCAGGUCUCGGGUACGGCACAGGUCACGGCUACCCAGGUCUCGGGUACGGCACAGGUCACGGCUACCCAGGUCUCGGGCACGGCACAGGUCACGGCUACCCAGGUCUCGGGCACGGCUUGCUGGCGGACGACGACAAGGACCACUUCACGGGCUACGCCUCCACGAACACCAUGGUCAUCACGGGCACCAGUUCGGACGAUGACUCGCACUUCGGCGCCGUGCCGGGUUAUGGAGGCUUUGGAGUCGGUCCUGGUAUCGGAGCCUCACUUGGUACCGGAUCGGGUAUCGGAGCGCUUCGAUAGGUAGCGGUUCAGGUAUCGGAGCUUCAAUUGGUACCGGUUCUGGCAUGGGCGCUUCACUUGGUAGCGGUCCUGGUAUCAGCGGUCUCCUUCAGACCAUCCCGGCGCACGGCUUCUACACCAACACAGGGUAUCAUCCCGGGAGUCUAUUUGGAGGCAGCUCUGGAUACGGCAGCGGUAUCGGUAUUAGCGGUGGAUACGGAGUUGGAAAGAAAUAGAUACAUAAAAAAAAAAACAUUGAACAUUAUAUAGCAUAUAAUAAAAAUGUAGGUUCCGGAAUCCUCUGUUUCAUUCAUUUCAAGUUGAAUACGAUUAAACAGCCUUUGUCAUUU